AUGAUCAAGGAUGCUGUGACUCCUGAUCAGACUGCGAUUGUGCUCGCACAGAACGGCAUCGGUCUUGAAGAAGACUAUGUUAAGCUCUAUCCCAACAAUUCAAUCAUUUCAGGUGUGGUCUAUCUGCCUGUGACACAAGUGGAGCAAGGCAUUAUCGAGCAUGGCCCUUUGGAGCGCUUCGAGAUUGGCACUUAUCCUGCACAAGCAAGUGCUGCAGCCAAGGAGCAGUGUCAGGGACUUUCCAACCUGUUCAGAGCUGGCGGCGGCUCUGCACCUGUCUUUGAUGACAUACAGCCGAGACGCUGGGUCAAAGUAGCCGUCAAUGCUGCCUGGAACCCUACCACCGCUCUCACAAUGUGCGACGACGCGAAUUACCUUCGGUCUUCUGUGCAAGCCGAGCCUUUGGUUCGCGGUAUCAUGAAAGAGGUUGGCACUGUUGCGACAGCAGCAGGCUAUCCCGAUGCUAUCACAGAUGGAGCCAUCGAGAACGAUCUCGCCAGACCGAAGUCUCGUCUUGAGACAGGUGGAAAGGAGCCGAGUAUGCUGACUGACGUUCGAGCUGGUCGAUCUAUCGAAGUCGAGGCCAUUAUAGGCAACACGUUGCGGAUCGGACAGAUACAUGGUGUUGUGACGCCGUAUCUGGAGAUGUUGUAUGCGCUUGCGAAGGCCAGAAACUUUGCUCUUAGUCCCGAUGAAACUUGGAAACCGAUUGCGAGACAUGACUGA